AUGAGCGCCAACCAAGAGCCCCAGGGGGCCGACAAGGACUACAGUCCCUCCGUCUUUAGCCAAGACACCAUCGUCGGCUCCGACGCCAACUCGCUCCACCCGCUCGUCCGCAACGCCGACGACGCCGGCUCCUCGCAGCCCCUCCGCGGCACCGACCGUCAACCGGCCCCGACCGACGACUACCACUACGUCACCACGCGCGUCGUCAAGGAGAUGCCCCGGGCCAAGCCGCCGACCGACCCAGAGUCCCGCUUCGGCAAGCUCAAGAACCUGCUCAAGCCCCCCGUCGUGAAGGCCGUCGAGGCGCUAACCACCCACGAGGGCAAGACCUACCACGUCAACGAACAGGGCCAGGUCGUCGAGACCACCACCAGGAGAGCAGGCGAGUACCGCGAAGCUUACAUUCCGAGUGGCCGCGUCGCUGACGAGAGCGACCCCAAUAGGCACCAUGAACAAUCGAUGGGCGGCCGGCGACAGCGCUUGAGCUGCGCAAUGCGUAUAUGCGAAAUGCGUUCUUCUAUUUUCAAGUCUUAG